AUACUUGAGAAUAUAGUAAAUGGCAAAUUAUCUCAAGUGCUUUGAGCCUAAUAAUUGUGCAUCGCCUCUUAGUUGGCGUAAAGCAAUAUAAGUUUUCCCUUAUUUCGUGAGAAAAGCAUGGAAAUUAAACCAUCCCUAUAGAUCACAAGUUAUAUAUAGCCUGUAAGUUCAUUGCAGGACUCAUGGCUAAGGGUUAGUGUAAUAGUGCAACGUUAAGUUUAUUUUAUUACAUUACAGGUUAUGUUCCGAUUAACCUUCGCGAAAGAGGACGAGAUAAGAAUAGACUUGAUCUAUCUGAUAAGCAUGUAUUGCUAUGAAACGUCAGAGAGAAAAGUUUUAUAGGGGACUAAGUAAACCAAAUGAUAACACAACCGAAAAUACAGAACUUACUACUAGGAAGACACCUAAAAAGCCAGAAGUAAUCACAGUGGAAAAACAUGUAGAGGAUGGAGAUUCUUUGCAGUCUUUGGCUAUAAGAUAUCAAUGUACGAUAGAAGAAUUGAAAAGAAUAAACAGUAUCCAUAAAGAAAAUGAAAUAUAUGCAAGAAAAAUUAUCAAAGUGCCAUACAGGUCAUUUACAGAAGCAUUGGCCACAGUACAUAGUAAUGCUUAUAAUUCAUCAACUGACUCAAGUAGAUCCUCUACCCCUUUGCAGACAAGUGAACUCAUUAAAACUGGGGUAUCUUUAGUAAAUAAUUCACUUGAAGUAAAUAAUAUAAUUUUUAACACCAACAUCACUUCAUGUGCGCAUUAUGAUUCAAGUGAUGAUCUGGACCAAGAGGCAAAUGAAGAGGAAACCCUAUUAUCACAUGAAACCAACGUGUCAGAGGAACCAGUAAUAAAAAGUAUGAAAUGUAGUGGAUCAGAUUGGGAUAUUUCUUGGCCUAUUUUAAUUAUAUUGUUUUGUAUACUUCUAUUGGCAAUACCUUUCUAUGUAUUUUAUGUGGCAAAACAAUCUGAAUUACAUAAUAAUCACACAAAGACAAAUUUAGUGGACCAUAGCUAAUGAUAUCAGUUUCAUGUCUUGUAUUUGGCUUACAAUCUCCUUGAUGUAUUAUCCAUUGGGAGAUUUAAAGAAGUGAUAAUGUUGAGUGUGUGAUUUUCCCAUUCAUGGCUGUGAUGUGAAUGUACUUCAACUCAAUUAUUGGCAGAACUAAUUUUCGUUAAACAUUCGUAAAAUUAACGUGAAUAUAUUUUUCAGACGGAGAAUUCGUUAUAUUA